GCGUACCACUCCGCCCGUGCGCAGCAGCCGCCGCCUCGCCACUUGCGCCGCUCCGGGAGAUGCCUGCACGCAGCUAGCCGGCCCCGAGUCGGCUGCGUUUCUCCUGCCACUGAACAGGCCCGGCAGUCACUCUGGAACAGGCCGUGAGACGGCACCUGCAGCGACCACGGGCCGCUGACGUCUUCACACGGCAGCAUGGCGAAGCGGGUUGAGGGCUCGGCCCCCGUCAAGGACCGCAUCCACUGGCAGCAGGUGGCCGCCGCCACAAUCGCUAACCUGAGCACGCUGUGCGUGGGCUGCGCCAUGGGCUGGACGGCGCCGGUGCUGCCCGAGCUGGAGCGGCUGCUGGAGCAGCCGGGCGCCGGGCUGGUGGAGGGCGAGCCGCUGAGCGCGGCGCAGGGCGCCUGGAUAGGGGCGCUGCUGCCGCUGGGCGCCCUCGCCGGGUCGCUGCCCGCCGGAUUCCUCACACACCGCUACGGUCGACGCCUGCCACUGCUAGCCUUCGGCGCGCUGCUCUGCCUCGGCUGGCUACUGCUGCUCUUCCACGAGUGGGUUUCGUUGCUGAUGGUCGGCCGGCUGGUGUGCGGCCUGGCGUCGGCCGGCGUGACGACGAUCGCGCCGCUGUACGCCGAGGAGGUGGCGGCGCUGGAGAUCCGCGGCGCGCUGGGCACGCUGCUGGACCUCAUGCUGGCCGCCGGCCUGCUGGUGGUGUACGGGCUGGGCAUCGUGCUGCCCGUGCGCUGGCUCACGGCCGCCAUGGCCGCGCUGCCGCUCUGCUUCUGCGUCGCCUUCUUCACGAUGCCGGAGUCCCCCGAGUACCUGCGCGGCCGCGGCAAGCACGACGAGGCGCAGCGGGCGGCCGCCUGGCUGCGGCUGGACCACGGCUCUGCAGAGCUGGUGCCCGUGCUGACCGAGACGCAGCAGCUGAAGCGGCAGCAGCAGCGCCACCGGGACGGGCAGGGUCAGCGCUGGGAGCAGGGGCAGCGCAGCGUCCAGGCGCUCGCCGAGAAGAAGCCCACGGCGCGCGCCUGCAUCUUGGUCUUCUCGCUCAUGGCCUUCCAGCAGCUCAGUGGCAUAGACGCCAUACUCUUCUACACCGUCGACAUAUUCCAGGAAGCAGGGACGUCCAUCUCCCCGCAGCUGUCGAUGGUGAUAACGGGUGCCAUCCAAUUCGUGGCGACCGGAUUCUCGUCGGUGCUGGUGGAGAACGCGGGUCGUCGCCCGCUGAUGAUCAGCUCCGGGCUGCUGAUGACGUUCUCGCACUUGACGCUGGCGGUGCACCAGGGCUGGCCAUGGCUGCAGCUCGCGGCCGGCUGGCUGCCGCUCGUGGCCAUCAACCUCUUCCUCAUCGGCUUCGCCGUGGGGCUGGGCCCGCUGUCGUGGCUGCUGAUCGCCGAGCUGCUGCCGCCCGGAGACAAGCGCUGGGCCGUCGGCGCCGCCACCUCCGUCAGCUGGCUCGCGUGCGCCCUCAUGACCGGCUUCUUCGACGAGUUCGUCCGCCUCUUCGGCACGUCGGCCGCCUACUGGGUCCUGGGCUGCAUCUGCGCCGCCUACACAGUCUUCGUCACGGCGCUGCUCCCGGAGACGCGCGGCCUCACGGGCCACCAGAUACAGUGCCACCUGUCGAGGCAGGGCGGCACCUCCUGCUGCAUAAGUUCCGGCAGCUGCGACAACGUGCAAGGGACCGACCAGACGUCAGGACAUGUCUAGCAGCUGGUGGUUUUCUGUCGCACCAAGACUGAAAAGGGACUAUGCUUUUGUCCCCAUUAGAAGAACACUUCUGCCGCAGUUGAUAGAGAUGAAUCAUCUGUCUCUCUUGUCUACACACACACACACACACACACACACACACACACACACACAAUCUCCCAUGAGUCACUUGCAAGUUUCAAUAAUACACUGAAAUUGUUGUUGACUUUCCCCCUUACAGAGGCUAUCGGCAACUUACUAUGGUACUAUCUAGUUUGGGUCGACAAUCUUUUCACUCGUUUGACGCUGUCUACCACGACUUCUUCUUCUCUGCUUAUCUCUUCAUCGGAAACUAGUACUUGCACUCAACACCCUCAAUUAUUUGUUGAGUGUAUUCCGAUCUCCUCCCCUACUCCCCUCUGCAACUCCAUCUGUUUCUUGAUGCAUUGAUACAUGUCCUAUCAUCCUGUCGCUUUUUCUUGAAUGUGUUCUCUAUGUGUUCCUUUCUUCUCUGAUUCUACGAACCGUGUUCUUACGUUAUCAGUCUAACUAAUGUCCGUCCCCGGUAGCUGAGUGGUCACUGAGUGGAAGGAUCAACAGUCGGAGUUUAACGGAUGUCACGUGACGUCCGCAACGACCAAACUCAACGAUAAAAAAAAAGUGGUCAGCUCGACAGGCUGUCAGUCCUAAGGGCCCGGUUUCGAUUCCCGGCUGGGUCGGCGAUUUUCUCCGCUCAGGAACUGGGUGUUGUGUUGUCCUAGUCAUCAUCAUUUCACCCCCAUCGACGCGCAAGUCGCCGAAGUGGCGUCAAAUCGAAAGACUUGUACCAGGCGAGCGGUCUACCCGACGGGAGGCCCUCGUCACACGACAUUACUAUAUUUAGUCCAACUAAUUUACAAUAUCCUUCUAUAGCACCACAUCUCAAAUACUUCGAGUCUCUUCUUUUCCGUUUCUCCCACAACCCAUCAUUCACAUCGAUUCAAUACUGUGCCUCAAACAUGCGCUCUUAGAGAUUUCUUCAUCAAAUUGAGGUCGAUGUUUGGUACGAAUGCCCUCUUCUUCUGUCCUAGCCUUAUUUUGACUUUGCUUUUUCCGCAGUGUGUCGUUUAACUUCUAACAUAGCAGAAUUCCUUCACUUCAUCUACUUCGUGGUCACAAAUUCCGAUGUGAAGUUUAUCGCUUAUUUCAUUUCUGCUACUCCUCAUCACUCCCGUCUUCCUUCUGAUUGCCCUCAAUCCAUAUUAUGUACUCACUAUACUGAUUAUUCCAUUCAACAGAUCCUGUAAUUCUUCUUCACCUUCAGCGAGGAUUGCACUGUCACCAAUGAAUCUCACAGUUGGUAUCCUUUCACUCUCAGUCCCACCUGUGAACCUAACUCCUACUUCUGUUAUUGUUUGUACGAUGUGUAGAUUGAACACUUCUGCCGGAAGAUUGCAUCCCUUCCUUACUUUCUUUUCAAUCCGAUCACUUCGUUUAUGGAUUUCAGUUCUAACUGUUCCCUCCUGAUUUUUGUACAUAAUGUUUUCAGCCAUGUUACUAUACAGCUUCCACCUAUUUUCCUUAAGACUACCAAGAUCUUGCACCAUUUGACAUUGUUGAAUGAAAUUAAGGAAAAAUCAUCUAGCAAACCGUCAGCGCCCACCAAUGUUUCAGUGUGACGAUACAGAAAAUCGUGUGGAAAAGAACAUUGUAGUCGCAGUUGGUGCGUUAAUCAUUGAAAUCAUCAAAUUCUCUCUCUUUCUCUCUGUCUCUCUCUCUCUCUGUCUCUCUCUCUCUCUCCCCAUUUCUCCCUUCCCCCUUCCUCCCUCCCUAUUCCUCCCUCCCUAAAACACACACACACACACACACACACACACACACAUACACACAUACACACAUACACACACACACACAAAUAAACACUUCUGAGAACUCAUUUUCCCUUUCGUUGCCAUUGUGCGCAUCGAAAAGACUGUUAACAGCUAACUAAAAUAUAUGGGUAAUAAUUAUUGCCCAUUAUUUAAGUAAGAUGAUAUAGUAAAAUGGCUGGAAAGAAGGUGCAGAGAGUUAUUGCCCUCCUACAGAUUCAGCUUUCUACAAUCUGUUUGACUGUGCACACAUCAAUCCGAUCACUCAGGUCAUUAAUUCUAAUUAUGAAGCUACAUUUGUGUUUUCCGUCGUGAAACAAAUACUGUGCUUGUGAUACAUAUAUAGCUGGGCCCGAAUUAGUUGAUAUAAUUUGUUAAGAAGGAUAGACAGGAUUUCAUACAAGUUGAUGAUUAUUAUUAUUUUCUUGUCAUCUCCAAAAUUUUCUUCUGAUCUAACUCUUCAUGAAUUGUUUCAUGGCUUUCUCAAACACUGAUCUUAAUCCCACCGUUUUGGUAGGAGGGUAUGUGGGUCUAUACGAGUUUGGAUAGUUUUUGUUCCAUUUUUUCACAAACUCGCUCAGAGGCAGUGUUCUCCUUUGUUGUGCGGUGAACAAAUCUGAAAGCAUUGGGAGCCAACUGCUUUAAGUAGUUAAAAUUGUCCCAUCGAUUGUCCUUAUAGAUGCGUUUAGGUGAGCAUCAUUCUAGUGAAUAUAAGCACUUUCAAGUUACAUUACCGAAAUUUAGUCCUAUUGUUUUAUUUCUGUUAAUAAUUUCCAGAACCCGUCAAAAUCAAAAACCAAAAUUAAUUACAAAUACUGUAGUCAAUUACGUAAAACUAGUCUGGGCCGUAUAUCUGGGUAACAGUAUCUGCUUAAAAAGUAGACGUACUCUUGCAUUUACUUUAUUAUGAAUGAAGAUCCCAUAUAAAUUGUAUAAAACAGAUACAACACCAACCCCUUCACACAAUUCUGUUUUCUGCAGAUGUAAAGGAUUAUUUUCGAUAUCCUUCGCAAAGAAUAUAGAGUGUGUGAUGAAAAAUCGGAUCACUUCGAAUUGACAGGGAAUAGAGGCCCGUCAGAAACAAUACAUUGAACGUAUAGGGAAGACAGCUACUCAGGAUGUAGAGUCACAUAUUCAGGCGGGCAGUGCACUGUUCUCCGUCGUUUGUUUUAUCGUUUCUCAUUUUCUUAACCUGCUUUCGAAGGCAUAAGGGAGCGGUACCAUAUCGUGCAGAUAUAAAGAGAUUGCUUCUGUCUAAUCCGUGAUUAAGUCACCUACGAAAUAAAUUCUACAACCAUUUAGAAAGUUGAUACGUUUUGUUGAUCGCACGAAUAUGGUUGAAAAUAUGUAGUUGUGUUUUUGUUCCAUGCCCAUACACGCACAUAUUUGAUGGCUCAUUCAUUCUGGCUGUAUGUUGCAUAGUGUUCCCAGUACCAGCACUGCAGGCGAAACCAACGGGUUUACAUUAAAGAAACAUGGAUUUAUUUUUUCAUUCUUAAUUUAAGCACACACAGUAUUAAGAAAACAGUGACAGCAACGUCUAAGUUGGAAUACCGCAGGAUAAGUAACCGAGUGGUCAGCCUUGUUAGAUUCAACGUCACAACAACGUGACCUAUUUAAAAUGUGAAAUAUAAAAUAAUAUUCGAGACGAAAACGUACAGAUUUUCAGAUGUGGCAUGUCGUGGAUAUCACACAUUUUACUGUUGUGAAUGAAGCUGAGAGUCACUGCAGUGACUGAUUCUGAGAGGCUACGGUGAAAAUCUUUAGAAGAAAGUUUCCUAAAUAUGUCCCUAAAAAUUAGUGCAGAUAAUGCCGUUAAACUUCAGUAAUACAUUCAAAAUAUAAACCGAAAGAAAGAAUCUCCAUUCAUGAAAGCUAGUGUCUACAAAAUCCCAAUACUCCUUCCAAAACAGAGGCAGCAGCUGAAGCUAGCGAAUUCAUAUAAUACGUUCGCUCUAAUUUUCCGAAAACGGACCCCACAGAUGCCAACGGCUUGCCACAGUGAUAACACCUGUUCCCCUCAGAUCACCGAAGUUAAGCGCUGUUGGGUUUGGCCGGCACUUAGAUGUGUCACCAUCCGUGUCUACCGAGUGUUGUUGUCAAGCGGGGUGCACUCACUCCUUGUGAGGUCACCUGAGGAGCUACUUGGCUGGAAGGUAGCGGGGCCGGUCACGAGAAUUGACAACGGCUGGGAGAGCGGUGUGCUGACCACAUGCCCCUCCGUAUAACCGCAUCCGGUGAUGUCUAAGAUCUGAGGAUGACGAGGCGGCCGGUCGGUACCGUCGACUUUUCAAGGCCUGUCCGGACGAUGUUUGUUUUGUUUCUACCCUGUAGAUACCACUUCACAAAAUGUUCCGGGGUUCCGAAGUGCUACGUCGUGAAGUAUUACAUUGUUUUCUUUAUGUAGAACUGAUGACAUUAAAAUGGUUAUAGCAGCUGGAAAUACGACUUAAAUGUCAGAUUCAGUAACACAGAGUUUUAUCUUAUCUGAUAUUAAGGUUGUCAGAAAAUCUUAUGAUAUUUACUUUCUUCCCUCGCAGAUUGGCCAAAUUUCUCUUCGUUUGCCUGUGAGAAGUCUGUCUCUUUAUAUAGGGAUUUGCUGAACUGUUUCACUGCUGUGUUAUUGCUACAGCGCUGCUGUGGAAACAAGCAAUGCUGGUACUGAUUCUACAUCUACAUCUACCCUCUGCAAACCACUGUGAAGUGCAUGGUAGAGGUUACGUCUCACUGAACAAAGUAUUAGAGUUUUCUUCUUUUCCAGUCACGCAUGGAAAGCGGGAAGAAUGAUUCUUUAAAUGCCUCCAUGCGUCUUCUAAUUAAUCUAACAUUGUCCUCUCGAUACCUACGGAUGUGAUACGUAGAGUUUGCAGUAUCAUCAUUUAAAGCCGGUUCCUGAAACUCUGUAAGUAGGCUUUAUUUGGACAGUUUACGUCGAUCCCCAAGAGUUUGCGAGUUCACAUUCCUACGCGUCUCUGUAAUGCUGCCCGACAGGCCAAAGAAACAUGUGACCAUUUGUGCUACCCGUCUAUGUAUACGUUAAAUAUCCAAAGCUUGUUUUAUGUUGUAUGGGUCGCACAUACUUGACCAAUUUUCUAGGGUGGGCCACACGAGUGAUUUGUAAGCAAUCCCCUGUGUAGACUGAUUGCAUUUCCCCUGUAUUCUACCACUAAAACAAUAUACCUGUUUUACCCAGGACUGGCCAAUCAUUCCAUUUCAUAUCCCUAUACAGCGUAACACUGAGCCUUUUGUAUAAAUUGACUGAUAUUAUAGUCACAGGAUAGUACAAUUUUUCGUUGUGUGAAGCGCACUUCUUCUUCUGCUUGUAACUUCUGCUUUUCGCUAGCUUGCAAGUAACUUUAUAUCCUCUGACAAAGAAGAAAUAUUCUCGUAUGAAAAACAUGACCCUUUUACCUAUUGUAAGGAAGUUCAUAAUUUGCUUUGUUAAUGCACAGUUCAAGUAGGAAAAUAGAACAAACUACUAUAGAUGAUAGUUUAAUUUUUUUCAUCAGAUGAAGAAAUUCAACAUAAAACGUUUGUUACAGUGAUAUUUCAUGCAAACUAUACAUAAGGAAGUGUAAUUUCAGUGAGAUAAAUGUAGUAAAAAAUCAAUGAACAAUAUAUUUCUUAAAAAUACACAUCAGACACAGUAUCAUACACAGUACAUGUUCACCUGUCAAUCACAAAAGUGGUUCCUGACCAUAUCUCAUAAAUGCAUGCCUUUUUAGCUUUAAUUAAAACAUAGAUACUAUUGUUCAAAACUUUUAAGUGUAAUAAUAUCAGCUUUUCGUCUCGUGUACAAAGAAAACAAUUUAUGUGUUCGUUAUUGUAAUACUAUGAAAAACUAGACACAUGAAGUGCUUGUCAGUUAGUUAAAUUAAAAGUAUAAAAUAAUUAAAGAACUAAA